AUGCGUAUUUUACUAUUAUUAUACCUAUUCACUACUUUAACCCCAUCAGUUCGAUCACUUUCUUGUCCGGAAGUAACCCUAUCACAACGGCCGAAACAUUGCAAGAAGGAAUGUAUUGCGGACGAGGACUGCAAGCGACACAAACGAUGUAUGUGCGAUGGAGAAUGCGGUUUGAGCUGUGUGAACCCCAUCGCCAUGUGCCACCCGCUACCCAGUAUUGAGAAUGGAUUUAUCAGAACUGCAGGGGAUUUGAGGUUUGGGUCGAAUGCGGAAUACGGAUGCAACAAAGGAUAUAUUCUGGUUGGAGCAAGUCAGAGAAGAUGUCAAGCGAAUAAAGAAUGGAGCUCAUCACAACCAGUUUGCAGGUUGCAAUUGAAAUGCGGACCACCACCAGAAAUCCCAUUUGCUGUUCACGAUGGAUCUUCAUUUUCUGGGGAGUACGAUUUGGAUGCAGAAGUGGCAUACAAUUGCAUACCAGGAUAUCAUAAAUUCAAUGCGAAAGGUCUUUCCAUUUCCAAAUGUCUUUUAAAUCGAAAAAAUGUUGCACAAUGGUUUGGACCAGACUUGCGUUGCAAAGCAAGAGCUUGCCCAGACCCAGGAGAUAUUGAAAAUGGGAUGAGAGAAGGAGACUCGUUCGAGUACCCUCAUCACGUAAAAUACUCAUGUAAUCCGGGUUUUUUACUUGUCGGAUCAACUUCUCGUCAAUGCUCCAGCAAUGGAGAAUGGACGAAUGAGCCAGCAAAUUGCAAAGCUACCGAGUGCUCCCGCCCUUCUAGCCCUCUACAUGGAAAAGUUGUCGGUAGUUCACUGACUUACCAAUCCGUCGUUACUUACUCCUGCGACCACGGAUACCGAUUAGUUGGUCAGGUGCAGAGAAUUUGUCUAGCUGAAGGAAUAUGGGGUGGGAACGAGCCUAGAUGUGAGGAAAUUCGAUGCCCCGUCUUGCCUGCCCUCCCGAAUGGAUACAUCGAGGGGAGUGAGACCUCCUUUGGUGCGGUGGCCGUUUUUAGAUGUCUUGAAACGAUGACUCAUGAAGGGGCCAGCAAAGCUAAAUGCAUGGAAGAUGGACAGUGGAGUGCUCCUAUGCCUAGAUGUCUAGCUUCUUGCCGAGUACCAAAUAUUCAAAAUGGAAAAAUUAAAGAAAAGAGUGAAGGCCAACUAAUUGCAUCUGGAUCCAAAGUGAUUGUUGAAUGCAAUAAACAACACGAGGCAAAUAUUGAUGAACGGCUCAUUUGUAGUAAUUCCACUUGGUCACAUGUCCCAGUUUGUAGCCCUUUAAGCUGUCACAACUGGCCACCAAGAGUACCCCAUGCUAGAAUUCUUUUCUCAAAGUCUUCUCACGGAUCCAUUGCAAAAUACGAGUGCAAUAAUGGAUACCAUCCGAAUAGAAACAACCAAAUUAUCAAAUGCCUCUAUGGAGAAUGGACAAAAGAUGGGCCACCAAUGAAGUGUCUACCUAGCUGGUGUGAGCACCCCAGCAAAACCUAUGGAACACUUCCGGGCGGUCAAAUCCUACUAGAAGGGAUUCUAGGAGCUUACGAGUUCCAAAGCUACAUCCAGAAGGUCGAGGAAGGUCGCGCGAUCAGUUUUCAGUGCAGUAAAGGAAAUUAUUUGAUAGGACCACCAAAAGGAACAUGUGUGAAUGGAGAAUGGAUGCCGAAAGUGUCCCCAAAAUGUGUGUCACAAACUCAUCCUAUGAUUGAAGGAAAAAUUCUAUGGGAUCGAAAGAAGCGAAGCUUACCGAGUAGACUGAGGCGGGAAAUCGUGGAAGAUGAAAUGUCUUAUAAUCGUCAGCUGAAUGGAAAAUGUUUACUGGUUCCGGGAAAGUUAGAAAGGAUGAUUGUGCAGCAUUCGGAGAAUGGAAUUUCGGUGAUUUGCAGGGACGGAUACGAGUUUGCUAGCGAGCGGAUCGUUGGAAAAUCCACGUGUAUUGACGGGAAAUGGCAACCUGAAAUUGCCGAGUGCAUACCAAAAUCAUGUCGAGUGCCAAUUCGACUACAUGUGUUUUUCUUAAAAUCGGGUACAUCACAAAUAUUACAAUCAAAUGAUGUUGUCGAAGACGGGACGAUUGCUCAGAUGGCUUGCCUACGUGGAUUUCAUUUGAGUGGAAAUGGAGUUUUGGAAUGUGUCAAAGGAGAACUCAAAGAGCAAUUGGGACAUUGUGUGCCACAGGAAUGUGUAUUGUCUGAACUGAUUGUUGGAAAAUAUAACACCACAGCUGAAACGGUGAAAAAUGGGGAGAACGUAUUGUUAAUGUGUACUGGAACCAAUGUGACUAUCACUUGUUCUAAGGGAAGUCUGAAUCCAACACCUUCCUGUCAUGAAAACGAGUCUCGCUUCUGCAUUGCCCCCCAAGACACUACACCGGCAAUUAUCUACAGGUAUCAUGGUCUGAAAAAGACUCAUAUUGAUAGGUACCAAUCAGCAUAUCCAAAUGGGACGAUUUUCCAAUUUAAGUGUAACGAUAAAGAGGAAGCAGGUGGUAUUGAAUGCGUCAAUGGAGAAUGGGUUAGCAAUUUACUGCCGUGUGGUGAUUACUGCCAACAUUACCGCCUGGAAAUCGCCAAGCAACGAAGAAAUGUGUGCACCACUGAGACUGGAAGGAAACCAAAAAAUAUUCAAUGUGAAUUAUGUACCCCAUCCAAUGCAUCUUUUUGCUCAUGGAACCAUAUUGAAUGUAAGCGGAUUGUUCAGACUUCAGUUGGCUGCUCCACGAGUGAUUCCGCAGAAACGGUUCCCAUAAAGUGUCGGCGAGGAAAGUGGGGAUACAAAAAGAAGUUGAAUUGUUCAAAAAGUAAGUGUUAUUUGAGUUUUAUUUUGGUGAGAUUUCUAUUUUAUACUUCAGUUGAAACGACAUGCUCUCUCAAAAUGAACAUCAAUUCGCACACUGUAAUUUAUCAUGUACAAAAGAAGGAAACCGUUUUAUUCAACCAAAAUUUCGAAUCAGGAUCCAAAUUAUUGUUCCGCUGUGCUAACAUUGGUCUCGAACAGUUACAUGGAAAAAAGGAGUUGCAGUGUUACAAUGGAGUAUGGAGCAGCCCAAUACCUUAUUGUAUACCUAUAAUGGCUAGUGGAACCAGUGUACCUAUAAAGUAUUCCGUCACCUAUGGCACUCACGCCAUCUCAUCGAAGGGCGAACUGAUUGUAUCCAGAGCGGCAAAUGUGAAAUUGGCAUGUCUCACUGAGAAAGUGGCAUCGGAUCCAAUCUGGAAAGUCACUUCCACUUACCGCUCUUAUCCAACACAGUGGACUAAAGCAAAGACUGGAGAUUACGAUGAUAUCGAUGGUUUUGAAGUGUCAAUUGCUAGUGCGCAACCAUUUGACAGCGGAAUGUUGCACUGUGUACUACCUAACGGUGCUCGGAACUCUAUAAAACUUGUGGUUAAUGAGGACAAAUGCGCUCUUCCUUCUUCUUCACCAAACCUUCAAAUUGAUUUGUCGAGCCCAACUCUUUUUGUGGGCACUGUUGUUCAAUUCUCGUGUCCAUCAGGAUACUUUGUUGAGGGAAACUCAAUUUCCACCUGCUUAGAAGAUACCACAUGGAGUCAUCCGGUACCCAAAUGUGUUGCUGCACAAUGCCCAGCCGUUUUUGUGAAUGGAACACGAAUGACAGUUACAGUAACCUCGUACCGAACUGGAGGUGUAGCUCAUUUCAAAUGCCAUAAAGGAUUCACACUGAUCGGUGAACGAAACCUCCAUUGCACUAAUCAAGGAGUUUGGAGUCACGAUUUUCCCCACUGCAACGUCGUCAACUGCCCGCCGCUUCUGCCACCUGCAAAUGGUCAUUUUAUCGGCGAGCCUAGAGAAAUCUACACAAAAGGAGACAUUGUUCUGCUUGGAUGCCUUCCAAACUACAUGUUGACCGGCGGCGACUUCUCCGUCUGUCAAGCCGAUGGAGAAUGGAGCGAGAUCAAGACUAAAUGCGAUGGAUACUGUAGGCAUCCCGGGCAGCCUGAUCAUGGAGCCACUACUACAAUCGCAAAGGAUUAUUAUUCUAUUGGAGAGAAAAUUGUUUUCUAUUGCCCUUCCCAAAACUACAAAUUAAGUUCUGACAACGUUUUAAUCUGCACCUCGCCUGGUCAAUGGUCGCGACGUCUUCCACUUUGUCUGCCAUCGAAUUCCUGA